AUGCCCCCACACGACGACCCAGGUGCUGAGCUACUACUGCCGCGACGGGCCGCUCAUCUGCAACCUGUGCUCCCUCAAGACAAGCAGUCAGACCUGGCAACGCAUGCCGGCAAGUCACACAUUCAUUUCAGGCUCCGAGGAUUCUUGCAGAUUAAAGCUCGUUCUCUACAUCGUGCAGAUACGACUCGGGAAGACUCCAGCGAUGAAGAAUGCAGCAGCUUUGACGCCAUCUUUGACCUGGAGGACAUUGAGCUGGACGCUGAUGUCAAACCAGGGGGACGUUACAGCAGCACCACUUACAGCGGAGCAGCGGCCAAACGCACGGGGAUCCAGACCGGGGACGACCCUCUGUCUGCACUCGCCAAAAGCACUGAGGAGCAGGGGAGGAGGAGGAGGAGGAGCUUAGCAGAAGAGGAAGAGGAGGAGGAAGAGGAGAAGGCUGACCGCAAACUUGCUCGAGAGAUAGAAAUGUAUAUGGAGCAUGUGAGCAGCCCCCACAGGUCACCGCUCCGUGGCCCCCUCUCCGGCCCUGCCCCUCAGACCCCGUCCCGCAGCAGUAGUCUGGUCUCCCCCCUCAGCUCCUCCUCCUCCUCCUCCUUCCCUCUGGACUCUCUGCUCACCCCUAAACUGGACAGUUUCCGCAGCAGCGUGGUGUCUGCAUCCAGAGAAGUGGUGGACAGAGCCAGCCGAUGGUACCUGCGCAUGUCCACUCCAGGGAGCACCCAGGAUGGGGACUUGCCUGGACUCGUGCUGGACUCUUCUGACUCGGUCCUGGGGAAGAGCUCUGAGCAGAAGAAUGGUCUCAUCUUGGGCUCUCCAGGUGUAGGCCCUGGUCUCAGUCCUGGUCCAAACCCUCCCCUGAGGAGAAGCCCUGUGUGUAGUCCCACCAGGAAAUCUGCUCCACACUCAGGAAAGCGGGUCUCUCUUCCUGGUUUACCCGACCGUUCUGAGGCCUCGUCCCGUUACACCAGCAACUCCAGCAUCUUCAGCCACUUUGCCAUCGAGGUCCUGAUCUCCAGCUGCUCCCUUUGUACCUCCUGCAAUUCCCUGGUCUAUGAUGAGGAGAUCAUGUCAGGAUGGAGCGCAGACGACUCCAAUCUGAACUCCACCUGCCCCUUCUGUUCCUGCACCUUCCUCCCACUGCUCAACGUGGAGAUCCGAGACUUCAGAAGCUCCGGGAGACUCCACCCCAAGACCAGUGCUGAGGAUCGCAGCAGCUCGUCAUACUCCGCCUGCAGUGCCCUGAACUCAGGCUGCAGCUCCGUGUCCACCCCCUGUCCCUCUGUAUCCUCCACCAGCUCUCCAGACUUGAGCUCCACUCCUGUCCCACCCAGCGCUUUGUCCAGAGCUGGUGCGUCUCAAUGCGCUGCACUUCCCUCGGUCAAACACAGGAGGGCGCUGUCUCCAGGUCAGAGUUUGGCCCGAAGUGUUAGUGACAACUGUGAAAUCCGAGAGCUCCCCCACAUACUCCCGCAAGGCCUGCCCGUGUCGGAGAGCCUCCCCUCACACCUGAGCCAGCCCCCGGAGUGUGUGGAGUGGUGCAUGCGUCGCCCAGAGCCCGUGACUGUGCCGUACCUCAGUCCUCUGGUUCUGUGGAAGGAGCUGGAGUCUCUGCUGGAGAACGAGGGCCCUUCCUGCCUGUGUGAAGCCGCCUUGGUGGAUCUACACCCCAUCAUCUUCUGGAACCUGCUGUGGUUCUUCACGCGACUGCAGCUGCCCUCACACCUGCCCGGCCUGGUGCUGCGCUCAGACCACUGCAACCGCGACGCUCCGGUGUUUUUCCCUCGUGAGCCGAUGUGUGACGACAGCAAACACGUGCUGGUCCAUACGCUGUGGGACAAUCUGAAGUUGCACCAGGACCCUCUGCAGCCGCUCUACCUGCUCUGGAACUCCUACAAUGUGGGCUAUCCCAGUCUUGGUCCAGUCCCAGAGCAGCAGAAAUCCUUCAGUGAAGAUGUCCUCCGAGGAAUCAUCCACAACAUCCAACGAAACGACCUGAACAGACCUCUGAGCCAACUGCUGCAGCUGCUGGGACUCACACUGGGAGUGCACAGACAGAGGAGUGUGUACCGUGACCUCUUAUUCUUGGCGCUUGUGGCUCUUGGCAGAGAAAACAUCGACGUGGAUGCUUUCGAUCGAGAAUACAGAUUGGCCUACGACCGACUUAGCCCCGCCUCCCUCAAACUGACUCAAAGCUGCGACACGCCGCCCCCUGCUGGAGUGAAGACUCGCAUCAUGGCACCCUCAUCCACAGCAGAGCUGCAGCUGUUUUUGUCUUCAUCCAUGCUGAUGACUGUCAGAAGGUCCAAUGAACAGUCUCUAUUCCCGGUGGCGGAUGUGCAGCGCACGCGCAGUCCGCUGUCCUCUGGAUGGAUGCUGGUGCUCCGCGUGUCCGUGAGAGCGCGUGCACGUGUGCUGGUGCCCGCUGUGGUGGCAGAGGGGCGGGAGGAGAGAGAGACGCACGACCAGCCCGACAGACAGGGCUGCUUUUCGUCUCCAUGUCCUCCAUCCCCGCCCGCUGUGAGAGAGGACGUGAUGGCGCUUGCAUCCGGAUCCAGACAGACUCAGGUCCAGGGCUGA